AUGCCGGGGCCAUUUCCCCUAAAGGGCCUUGGACCUCUCGGAAAGCUCUUGAUUCUUGCCGUUCCGGGUGAAAUUCCUCUCGAUUCGGGGCUUAUGGUUGCCAAAGGUCUUUCGGUCCACGGAUGGCCCAGUGGACAUGCACUGGGUUCAGAGGAAACAAUUCGGUUUACUACAAGUUUCCGUGAAUUGGAGGAUAUCAAGUGUAUGAUCGAGACUUUCCCUCUUGAUCGAGCAAAUGAAGCGUUCGGUAGGUCAAGACGCCACAGAACUUUCCCAACUAAAGUCUCUGACAACUAUAUAGAUGCGAUGACUUCCGGGUCAGUUCGAUUCCGCGCCGUGAUUACGAUGGAAUAA